AUACAUAUUGUGGCAGGUUAAACGCACCAGGACUCAAAUAAACAUCACCGGUGGUUUAUACACGUGUUGAUGUGAUUAUAACAGUUAUAUAACAGUUAUAUAACAUCUCCUGGUUAUAUUGGGGUUAUAUAGAAUGCGCUGGAUGUAGCUGUGUGUGUCAGUAGAACAGAACCGCGCCUGCGGUCUUUAUUUCGGCUCAGAAUGAGCGACAGCGAGCGCACAGCGGCUACAGAAGCACCCGCAUUCCUCGGCGGGGACAGAAGCGGCAGUGUGAGCAGCCCCCCGCCGGACGGAGACAUCGAGUACAUGGAGGAGGAGGAGGACGAGAGCGACGCGCUGGAGACCUCCGAACCGAGAGAGAGCGCACCCAGCCCGGCCGAGACCAGCGACGAGAGCGCCCCCAAACGCUGCGUGUACGACGGCUGCAGUGAAACCAGCACUCAGGGGGCCAAGCAGAGGAAACCGUGGAUGUGCAAGAAGCACCGCAACAAAAUGUACAAGGACAAGUACAAGAAAAAGAAGAGCGACCAGGCCAUGGCGUCCGGGAAACUAGACGAGAGCUCAGAGGAGACACCGGUUUCAGUGACGAAGCAGCGGCUCGGUACUGUUGGAGAGCGACCGGCCAGACCGUCGCUUAUAGAGCAAGUGUUAAACCAAAAGAGGCUGUCUCUGCUGAGAAGUCCAGAGGUGAUCAGUUUCCUCCAGCAGCAGCAGCGCCUGCUCAGCGUGCAAACCCCGUCCCAGAACCAGCAAAGCUACUGAGCACAGAAACAGACGAGUCCGUAUCUGCAGAUGCUUCCUCGGCUCUUCAUGGGUAAACGUGAAUGAUGUGGAAUCUGGUUUUGGUAGAAGAAACGUCUUCAUAAGUCGUCAUAAGACUCAUCAUGGUCUGGAGGAGUUGUGAUGAUCUUUAGUAGCAGAUUUUCUUCACCACAGCCUAUAAACGACUGUCAUUUUUAAUGUAGUGUUUUUAAGAACUCUGCUCGAUGCAUUUAUAUUUAUUAUUUUAAACCGAUUAUGUAAAAAUCAGCUGUAUGGUUGUAUUAAACCAUGCUUUUGAAUACUAGUGGUGCCUAUUUAAUGAUCUUAUGUGCUACAGGAACUCAAUUGUGUGAAUCUCUUUCUAAUGUAAUAAUGUAAUCCAUCAGUAUUAUGUUUUCAUUCCUGCUUUAGUUUUUUAAAUGUGUUUUUAAAUGGUCAUACUGGUACAGGUAAUAAAACAUUUACAACAG